GAGAAGGAGCAGCAUGCUGUGGAGAAGCAGGUGUGAUCCAUGAAUAAAAUGCUCCCUGCCACGCUGUAGGAUACUGAUGAAACAAAUAGAAUUUCCCCAGACAUGGAUAACACAAGAACAGCAGACACUUUUUCACAGUUAAACCAGGAAAAAAUCCUCAAAAUUAUGAACAUGGUGAAAAAUAAAGAAGUGAGCAUUGAAGGAGCCCUGCAUUUGGCACAGAAGGAGGUGUAUGCUGAAAAGGACCUGCAGGAUCUGUUAACUGGCUCCCAGUUUAACUUCAUUAUCUACAAAUACAAACACUACCGGUGGCAGAAACGGAUUUUGCAGCUCGAUUUCAACAGCAGGACCAUUUUUAACAUCGAGAAAGGGACUAUUAAGAAGCAGUUCCCCUUCUCACAAGUCAAAGGCUGCGAGGACGCAGAGAGGAGGCGUUUCAGCAUCGUGUUCCAGGGGAGGCAGGAUUACGAGCUGGAGGCUGUGUCCCUCGAUGAUAAAAGGAAGAUAAUCUACUUGCUGAGCAGAGUUAUACAGAGCAAUUCUUCCAAGAGACCAGUGGAGUCCUGCCCUGGGAGACCUGCAGAAUGUGAUGUGAUCCACGAAGGGCUGCUGGAUUUGCAGCAGAACACUUCAACCUCCACUGAAUGGGUGAAGUGCCUGGCACAGCUGCGGGAAGGAGAACUGGCCUUGUACUGCCUUGGGCUGGGGGGCAGGAGCCCUGCAGCCCCCGCCACAGCCACAAUUCCCCUGGCAGCUGGGAAUGUGGGGCUCAGCAGGGACAGUGGCUGCAGCACCUUCUCCCUCCACACCAGAGAUCACCGAUAUCUGUUGCGGAUAUCCCCCACAGUGCAGAGCAGCAGGCCUGAGGCUGCUGGCAGGCUGUGCAGAGAGUGGCUGUCCCUCCUGGAGAGGCACUGCCAGCCCCAGCAGGGAGCUGAAGGAUGCAGCUCCCCUGAAGAUGAUUAUGAGGAAUUUAUUGUGCCUGUGAAUGAGCAGAAGGAGGAGGCUCCCCACCCUGGUGGGAGCUGUGCAAGGAGCAGCCUGAGCAAGCCCCCAGCCCCGCUGGCAGAGGCUGCAGAGGGGGAGGCAGCCCCAGCUCUGCCUCCUGCCAUGGGCACAGCUGAGGUUCCCCCAGCCCCUCCUGCCCUCCCCCAGCCCUGCAGCCCCUCUCCAGCAGCAAAGAGAACCAAAGCUUUUCACUGGGAUGUCGUUCCUUGUGACAAGAUUCAAAAAUCUGUCUGGGGGUCGUGUGACCCAGGCAAGAGAAAAAUAGAUGUCUGCAGGCUGUGUGAGCAGUUCCAGAUCCAGGACACAGCAGUGCUUUUGGGCAGCGAGCCUUCAGUGAAUCAGCACAUCCUGCUGGACAGAAAAGUUGCACAUAACUUCAACAUUUUUCUUAAAAGUUUCCGUAUAAAACCCAGUGAGCUGAAGGACAAACUCUUCAUCAUCCACGAGGAGAGUGGUGGGCUCACAGAUGAGCAGAUUACAGCACUGAGAAGAUAUUUGCCCACGCCCAAAGAUGCAGGAAGGUACCUGUCCUUCAAGGGCUCUUGCUCAGAGCUGCACGUGGUUGACCAGUUUAUGUUCGAGAUGUGUAAAAUCCCUCAGCUGGGCCAGAGGUUGGAUCUCCUGCUCCGUGUCCGUGAGCUCCCCGAGAGCAUCAGAGAUCUGGAACCUCUGAUAAUCCAGAAUAUCCAAGCGAGCAAGCAGCUGCAGUCCAGCCCAAAGUUUGUUGCUGUCUUGGAGUACAUUUUAGCCAUGGGGAACCAUCUGAAUGAGAAUGCUGGGAAAGAGGUGGCUAAAGGAUUCCGACUGUCAUCUCUGGCCAAACUGCCUCUGCUGAGGGGCAAGGAGAGGACGUUCACUCUUCUGCACGCCCUGGUGGAGCAGAUCCUCCUGCACCAGCCCGAGCUGGCCACGUUUCCUCAGGAGCUGACAGAAUUUGAAGCUGUUCCUGAUGCGUCCAUGAAGGGCCUCAGUGCUGAAGUUGAUGUUUUGAAAAAGGAAUUGGAGAACCUUAUCCAGUGCAGGAGGCUCAUUAAACCCAAAGCAAGCAAGGCAACACCUCAGGAGUCCCAGUUCUGCAAGGAGCUGAAGGAUUUAAUUCAGAAAUAUGAAGGGGAUCUCUCCCAGCUGUCAAAAAGAUGUGAGGAAAUGAAGAAGCUUUAUAGCAACGUGCUGGUGAAGUUUGGGGAGCCUCCAGACCUGGACUCCCAGGAACUCUUUGGGUGGAUAUCGUCGUUCAUCACCGAGUUUAGGAAGGCGUGUGCUGAAGUCACACCAUAAAAAAACAAAUUUUAUGGAGAGCUGAGGCAAGGAGGAGUCCAGGAAACAAUUUUUAAUUGUUUUUUAUUUUAUAAUGAUCAGCAGCACAUUGCCAAUCUCACCUGUGCAGCAGAACACCUUGGUUUGGAGAGAAAUUCAAUUUAUAAUGUGUAAUUUUCAGUGGUAUUUAACCUGUAAUAUCCCAGAUCACUUAUGAACCUCUCAAUUUUGUGCUUUUGUACCUUCAGAUUCCCAUAUAUUGAGAAAAGAAACACUUUCAACCUUUCAUAAUUCCUCUUUUCCAUCUUUCCUUUUGAAUGCCCCAGCUUCUGACCCAGUUUUAAUUAUUAUUUUCAAUGAGUAACUUUCUGUGUGCUGAUGGAAUUUCUAAAGAAUACUUCACACAUUUUAAAAUGAAAUGGGGAGCUGUUACCCACAGAGGAGAAUAUUUUAACAAAUUCUUGUUUAUUUUGCUAUUAAAACAUUGCAAACGUGUUAUGUAAUGAAGAAAGUCUGAGUGUUUUAUUUUGCUCUGUCCCCCCUAAGCAGGACACAAAAAAAUAGCUUUUUUUAUGGC